CUUUGAUUUUAUUCUGCAAAUGUCAAACAACAACUACAACAGAUCUAUUCACGAUCCUAGCUUGAACCAUCCACUCCUUUCUGUCAGACGCACAGCUUGGACAAAGACUGAACCUCGCCAGUAUCAAGCAAGCAGUAGCCGUAGCUACAUUGAUAACCUGCUUCGUCUGUGGCCUUGUCGUCCUCAGGUUAGUGCCUCUGGUUUCCGUGAAUCUCUCCGCGAGAGACGUGCUGUCCCCCGCCAAGAGCCUACGCGCCCUGAAAAGGAUCAUCCUCUUACCAACAGUUUCCACCCUCCAUGGUUGACUUCCAAGCUGUCAAGCAGCAACGCUGAAGAAGACACUCCCAACCUUACUGUGGACGAGAUCAAACGAACAGUGAAGAGAUUGAUGCGUGGUUUUCAUUGCAAAGUACCAUAUGCGUACCACCACAGGCUUACGCAUGCCUCUCUCAGUCGCCCCACGGAGCUUGUCCGUCAAAUCCCUGUCCCCGCCAUCAAGUAUUUGAAGAAGGAAAGCUGGCCGGUUUAUAAUAAGUACAUUGGCCCUCCACUUGAUUGCACUGUGUUUAAGCGUCGCCUCCAUAUCGCAGCUGAGUCAGCUUAUGUCGUACCAGUGAGUGAACGUCAACCAAUCGCAAACACCUCCUCCCACCCACGCCAGGCUAGAGAGAUCGUAUCAGAAGCAAAGCGAAGAUACCAACCACAGGUUAUCAACCGCCACCAGCAACAAGAACAAUCUGGCUGCCCAACGCCUGUUCUUGAGCCACACAGGCCUACUGCAAACACAUUCAGUACAUUGAGCCUCCCUACUAGACCAGUUCGUCCUGCUUUCUUCUCGUCUUUUGGAGAUCUGAAACUCCCUGGUCGCUCAAAGGCCAUCAAGCCAUCUUCAAGUACUGCUGCUGCUCAUUACCAACCUAUCUCUUUCAACAACAGCAUUCACCCAUUGGCCACAUCUGGUGUUUUUACAAAGCGAAAAUUUGACGCUGUUGCCCCUUCUGCAAUGAAUGCCAACAAAAAACUCAAAGCUGUUCAUCAAGUAUCCCAACUUAUGACAACCUUUCAACUUGCCAAGAAGCCUAAAGCAGUUGCCACUUCGUCUGAAGUUGGUCCUUACACUGCUGCUCCACAGGCGACUGUUAUUGAUGCCUUUGAUGCCUCUGAUACCACUGCUACCACUUCUACCGAUGCAGACGGCGCCCAGGGUAAUGCUUUCUCUGUGCUUUUUGUUCAGGAAUCCCAUCCUUUGGGUAAAUUCAAAGAACUUGCUAUGCGACACCCCGUGAAAGUUACUAAGGUGGCUGUCAAACAAAGAAUGGUGCUGUCCUUCUUGAAAGGCAAAGAAGUCCUUGGUUUUUUCCCUCGUCGCCCACGUUUCUCUUCCCAUGAUGUACCAUCCAUACCCAAACUAGCUGCACAAUUCCCAUCAAUUCCUUCUACAAGUAAGGGCAAGGGUAAAGAAGUGCCCCUUCACAGACUUUCAAGCUCUACUAUGAACAAGCUUCCCGCAAGCAAUCCAGCUUCUGAAGCCUCUGCUAUUACCUCCGCUGUUUCCAACAGAUCAACUGCCACUAAUUCCAAGGCAUCUAUGCACGAGGUAGAUGAUGUGGCACCUGAAGAAAGUGAAAUAAUCAACCCAUCCCCACCUCAUAUAUUCCAGCAAGCAUGCUCAAAGCAUGAUAACAAACCCUCAUACUUCAAACCCAAUGAAGCACACGAUAAUGAAUCUCUCACCAGUUCUAUGUCCAAAGGCAUCCCUACUAAUCCUACAGCAGCAUCAACCAAGAGGGUGCUGUCUGUCACUGCUCCUAACGCAAAUACGAUGUAUUACAACUUGGCGCACACAUACAAGCAACGAGGCGGUAGUGAACAAGACGACCUGAUUUUUGUCUUGAGCCAUCUUCAUGCUUUUUGUAACUAUAUCGUUAGUUACUACUACAAGAAGAAACAAAAUACAGAUGUGGCACCGUCUGAACUUGUUGCGGCCUGGAAGUCCUUGCUUCCUCUUGGUGAUAUGCUCCUGGCCAAGCUUAAAGCCCAGGAGCAGUAUCUUUUGUAUGGUAUCUGCCUCCAUCUGAUGCCUAUGGUGCGUUUCCGCGUCUUUAACAAGAUGCAGGCUCCUUCAGUAAGCGACGACUUGCUGGAGGAGUACGAGCAAGCUAUGGCCAUGAACACCUCCUCGGAAAAAUACUUCAACUACCGAGUAAUGGCCAGCAAGUUGCCAUCGACUUUCAAGCAGGUGUGCGUCGAUGACAACUUGCUAUCUGGUGUCACUAUUGGUGGAGAGGCUGGCGUACAAGUAGCACCUAUGUUUCCAUUUCAUUUAAGCGCCAGCCUCCUACGUGGUGCAAUUUGCACCAAAUGUAUCCUUAGUGAGUUCGUGUCGUCGAUGAAGCUAGACUUCACAUUAAUCGACGACACGGAUGGCUAUAUGUAA